GGUCAAUUUGACUGUUCAGUAGAUGCUCUCAGGAAAAUUGCACUAAAUGGUUCAUUUGCGUAGAGUUUUGUAGCUUUAUCAAGCCGACAUAGCAUUCUUUCGAACUCACCUUAUUUGCUGUGAUAUCUACAGCAUAACUAGCUAACGUUAGCUAUUUGAUGUUCAGCAGGAAACACAGCUAGGUGCUUGCUAACUUCUCUCAUUUCGUGCAUUUCCUUGCGAUUUAAUCGAAUUUGUUUCUCUGACAAACUGUUUUCUAGCCAAGCAACAACUGUAGCUGACAAACAAUGCAUUGCUACAACAAGUCUAAUGUUAAUUCAAUGAAAUUGACAAGAAGAAGAUAGCUGGCUAACACCGGCUGGCUAGCUUCAGCUUGCUCGUUGUUGGUGCUCUCUUUGUUUUGACAAAGGACCUGAGUUCUUAUUUUUUUCAUAUUUGUAAUACACCUGUGACGUUUUUUAUUUCCUGGGCCAUGGCUCCCCAGAAGCACGGUUCUUCUGGUGGCGGCAACAACGUAUCGGGUCCCGUUGUGGGCUAUUGUGGUACCGGUGGCGGCAGAGCGAACGGCAGUGUGUACGGCCACCAAACAACUGCAGUUGUGGUGCCCGCUGCCAAGAAACCGAAAAUGGAACUGGUUCAAGCCGACCAUGAGUUGUUCUUGCAGGCAUUUGAAAGUGAGUUGCUGUCAUUGUCGUCUUAUAAUGUUGUUGCAUGAUUAGUUAUCUUUAUAUAGCUAGAUUGCGUGUAAAUACCAAUCUACUAUAUAACAAUCUCUAUUUAAUCUAGCCUAUAUAGAAGUGUCCCUUGUGAUUGUGAGCCAUCUUUAUUUCAACAAAACUAUAACCACAUUUCACCAGAAAGACGUCAUGUUAAAAGCAUCUGACAACAUGAUCAUUAUACUGAGAAAUCGGAUCCUAUUUUAAAUUUGUAGCUAACUAGUUAAUUUAUUCUACCACGUGCUUGCUUACUUCCUCAUCUGAAGAGAUGACAUGUGCCAGAACUACUUUAAGAAAUGAGCAUGUGCUGCCUUUGAAAUAUAUUUUUGACAACUAAUGUAACACACAAAUAUGUAUAGGGUCAUUUCCAUGUAAAAGGACCGAUGAUCACCAACAUGUGAAGAGUCUAUAUUUGUGAAAAAUUAAGGUGUGUGUGUAUAUAUACAUUUUAUACAACCAUUUCCCAUCCUAAAAAUUAGGAAUAGCAAAGGCUUUGAUUUCUGGUCAAACAGAUGGAAAAGGGGUCUUAGAGAACGUCUACCAGAAAAAGUCUUAAGGUAUUAGAAAUACAUUAAAACACAAUAAUGUUGAAGUAAAGGCCCCUGCCAACUAAUAUCAACACUUAUAUUUAGUUUUGGAGAAAUGUUUCUGCCUUCUGUAAGUUUAAGAAACAUUGCCUUGUGCCUUGAAAUUCCGUUACCAAAAACCCACAUAUCAAUUAGUGUUUUUACUGACAUACAUUUUGUUUAUGAAUUAUUAAGUGAUUAAGACUCGAAAUUCCGUUAUCAAAUCGGUAACAGAAUUCCAGAAAAAUCGGUCACGGAAUUUAUGCAAUUGAAUUGGCUACAAUGGGAAAUCAAAGUAGUCACAAACCACAGUUGGAUUCACAAGUUUAGACAGCACAAUAGAGUACAGUAAAGAGAAAUAUAGUUCUGUAGAGUUUAGUACAGUAUACAGUAGAGCACACACGUUGAGUACACUAUACUGUACUGUACUGAACUAAACUCUACUAUACUAUACAGAACUAUACUGUACUGAACUUUACUGUACUGAACUAUACUCUACUAUACUGAACUAUACUCUUCUGUACUUGUACUGAACUAUACUGUACCGAACUAUACUGUACAAAACUAUACUCGACUGUACUGAACUGUACUGUACUCUACUGAACUAUACUAUACUGAACUAUACUCUACUGUACUGAACUGUACUCUAUUGUACUGAACUCUACUGUACGGAACCAUACUCGACUGUACUGAACUGUACUGUACUAUACUGAACUAUACUCUACUGUACUGAACUGUACUCUAUUGUACUGAACUCUACUGUACUGAACUCUACUGAACUAUACUCUACUGUACUGAACUAUACUCUACUUUACUGCACUGUACUCAACUGUACGAGAAUAAGAUUGUUGUCAAUGUAAAGUAAUUUACUGUAAGCUAAUGAAUGUUGAACCAGUGUCUGUUUCAGAGCCAACAAUAAUUGCCCCUCUAGGAGAAAUAGUCUGUUGCCUAAGUAUAAUGUUAUUGUCAAUGUAAUUUACUGUGAAGUUAAUGAAUGUUGAACCAGUCUAUUGUGUUUCCAGAACCGACCCAGAUCUACAGGUUUCUCAGAACCAGGAACUUGAUAGCGGUACGUUGGAAGCCUUCUCAGCACCUGUCAUUCUUUACUGUCUGUGGCCUCUAAUGGUGUGCCUGUUUGAAGAUGGUACAGAUUUAAUGUACCUCUAGAAUAGCCUUCUGUUGAGCAGAUAGACUACCUUGAACCAGCUGUAACAUCGCUGGCUAAUGAUGUCUGUUUGAAGAUGGUAAACAUUUGAUGCACUGCACAGUUCCACUAGAUAGAAUUGCCUUCUUUUUGGCAUUGACAACCUGUUGCGACAUUUCUGUCAAGGUGCAGAAGAUGCAUGUGCAGAUUUCUAAUCGUUUUUCCUGUGUUGGUUUUCAGCCCAUAUUUUUGCACAGAACCCUCACCUACAUGUCCCACAGAAACUCAAGAACAAACGCCAAAAGGUAAAAACCUGCAUGAAGGUGUUGAUUAUAACUGUUGAAUGUUUUUUAAAAAGUCCAUUGAUAUGUUAGGCAUUCUCAGCAUACUGAUGGACCCAGUUAGAUGAGUCCCAGUCUUCAAAUAGCUUACAUGAGCAGCAGAAUGAAAAACCUAAAGGUUUUAGUACUAAGAUCUGUUUGUGUGUACCAGUGACAUAAUUACAGUGAACCCGACGACCCCAGAAACUGAAGAGUUGGUAGGGUUAAACCCUGUUGGAUUACAGCAGGGGAGAGUGUGUGUGGUUCAGUAUGCUGUUAUCUUAACACAGGGCCAACAGCCAUGGGGCUGCAUAGUGUAGGAGGGGGCAGCCCCUGCUGUUUCACUGAGUGACGUAAUGUAUACAGUUGAAGUCGGAAGUUUACAUACACUUAGGUUGGAGUUAUUUAAAACUCGUUUUUCAACCACUCCACACAUUUCUUGUUAACAAACUAUAGUUUUGGCAAGUCGGUUAGGACAUCUACUUUGUGCAUGACACAAGUAAUUUUUCCAAAAAUUGUUUACAGACAGAUUAUUUCACUUAUAAUUCACUGUAUCACAAUUCCAGUGGGUCAGAAGUUUACAUACACUAAGUUGACUGUGCCUUUAAACAGCUUGGAAAAUUCCAGAAAAUUAUGUCAUGGCUUUAGAAGCUUCUGAUAGGCUAAUUGACAUCAUUUGAGUCAAUUGGAGGUGUACCUGUGGAUGUAUUUCAAGGCAUACCUUCAAACUCAGUGCCUCUUUGCUUGACAUCAUGGGAAAAUCAAAAGAAAUCAGCCAAGACCUCAGAAAAUAAAUUGUAGACCUCCACAAGUAUGGUUCAUCCUUGGGAGCAAUUUCCAAACACCAGAAGGUACCACGUUCAUCUGUACAAACAAUAGUACGCAAGUAUAAACACCAUGGGACCACGCAGCCAUCGUACCGCUCAGGAAGGAGAUGCGUUCAGUCUCCUAGAGAUUAACGUACUUAGGUGCAAAUCAAUCCCAGAACAUUUACAUUUUAGUCAUUUAGCAGACGCUCUUAUCCAGAGCGACUUAGUUAGUGAGUGCAUACAUAUUUUUUCAUAUUGGCCCCCCGUGGGAAUUGAACCCACAACCCUGGCGUUGCAAGCGCCAUGCUCUACCAACUGAGCUACAGGGGAUAACUACUCAUUAUUAUUAUUAUUAUUAGUAGUAGUAGAUCUGUCAGUCACAAUUUACCAUAAUGCAUCAUCACAGAUUUGAUGCUCUUGAAAACAGUGAUCCCUGUGGGAAUUGAAAACAACAAUUGAAAAACAACUUUGUUGCUAGCACUGCACUCUUCCUAAUUGAGCCACACAGGACCAUUGUCUGCUGUAAUGAGACGUUGUACGUGUUGGCUAAUGACUAUAUCUUGCUCUAUGUAAAUUAGAAAUGGUACGUUUAGUUAUCUUAGCUGUUUUGCAUAUCGGUUGAUUAUAGUGAUAUCUGGGGCCCUGAGUUCUUCUUGAUUCUAGUGAUAUCUAGAAUCAAAUGUUUUUCCCCUACGAUGCGAAACGUAUCCUACCGGCUGUAUUUCUGCCCAACGUGAAUGGCAAUAGUGCAAGAUAUACAUGAAAACAUGAAAUGACACCAGGAAUCGAUAGAACAUCGCUCAAAAAACAAAAUAACUUUCAAAAUAGGUGAAUCUAUCCUUUAAUUCUUUACACUCGUGGGAAUUGGCCUAUAUGGAUAGGGAGGCUAAAUUGAAAUGUUUCUUACAGAAUAAAUAUGAAAAGUGUAUGCAUAACCAUGGCAGAAAUGGAAAGGGAACAGUUGGGAGGUUAUGGGAAAAUUAUUAGACCAAAGUUGAGGACACAACAGUUCACCUGACACAAGACUAAAUCCAAACAUUACACUGCUGAUUUUAUGUGCAUUUUACAUGUACUUUUAGCCGUAUUUGUUGAUAAUGAAAUCUCAAAUAGUCUGGAUAUAUUCAGUAACAUGAUAAUAUUCCUGGGAAAUGUGUUGUAGGUGCAACAUAAGACAAACAUUUUUAAAGGAUUUGAGUGAGAGGACUAACUGGUGUCUCCAAGUGACCACACACCUCUCCAAAGUGUUCACAGUUCCUAACUAAUUCUAAUGCACUUUUAUGACUCAAAGUCUUCAACUAUAAGGUGUUUUUUUUAGCUCUCCUAGCUGUGCUGUUGAGGAACUAGAGCAAGGACACUUGUAGUUGUUUUGUUUGGAACACAGCCCUGCAUCUCCGCAUUUACACAAUUACUGUUGUUGUUUACGCAAUCCAAAUAUUGGUCCAUUAUAAAUCGCAAUCUGGGUCAGGUGGGCAUCAUUUGAAAGCUUGUUCUAUUGCCAACAUGACUAGCUAAGUUAUAAAAUAGGAUAUUACGGUGUUAGGCUUUCACAUGGUAAUUCAGGGAAACAGAUCGUAAUUUUGGAACGCAUAGAAAGGUGUCAUGAGUGCAUUCAGGUGUGUGUGCCGAGGCUAAUUUUCUUCACAGUAGACAAACCGGCUCGUUCUGUUCAGAACAACCCAGGGUAUGACGCCAUGUCAUCUUGAACUUUACAUCAAACAUAGUGAUCAUAAACGUUGACACUGUAUAUUGCCCAAUUAGCGGGAGGGAUGGGGGCAACUUGUUGUCACAUGCGGUGCUGAAGUUCAGAGCUCUGACGUCAUGUAUAGCAUGUUACUGUACAGCCACUGUGUUCCAAUUUAGAUGCUUAUCAGUGUCCACAUCUGCCAUUUUCAACCCGUAUACGGGUACGAGUUUAAAGCCCUACACAGCCCAGUUUCUCCAUUGGGUUGAAUACAUCCUCACUUUUUAAAUGAUAUUUAUCUGCAUUUAAUGGUGAUGUGUGCUCUGAUUCUCCCACUUGUGCACUCCCUGUCAUGGUUUUAAAAUCAUUGGAUGGUUGUAGGAGCACUGGGUGGGGCAGUAUCCAACAUGGUUAAAUCCUUGACGGGGAGUAUGCAAGACAAGUGCACACUUUGGGAGAAGUGUAGAGGAGGAGGUUCAAGCCUCAGAAGUGCAGUCUAAAUCCCUGUUGCUAUUAACCCUGAGGGUUCUCUGGGGGGUCAGGAAGUCCUCCAGGGUGGAUCAUCUGCUGUACAGAGUGGAGAAGAAGAGGGCUGAGCAGAAGGCACACAGGUAAACACACAGACCCGUUCACUAUCUUCUGGUCUUUUUCCAUUAGUCCACUGUUGAUACGGUGAUGAUGUGGCAAUGCUACACUUUGCUUCUUGAAAGUUCUAGGCCUAUAUCCUGAACUUGACCUUUGACAUGCAAAAAAUGUUGAUGCUGUAUCAAUGGGUAAAAUACCAAAAUAUCAUUUGAGUGGAUUAUUCCUUGAACUCCAAAAGGUGCUUGAUAUCGAUAGUCCCAAAAAAGCCAUUCACACCUGAAAGAAUCAGAACUAAGCUCUUUUUCGGGAACUCUUUGGUAACUCUUUCAUAACUUUGUCCCCAGCCUGGCUUCACACCUACAACUCACCUUCACUGGGUUCUUUCAUAAAGUCGGUAAGUGCAGGGAUGGAUAGUUGGUAAGUGUUUAACCUGAUGUUUGCAGGGAUGAUAGAUGGUAAGUGUUUAACCUGAUGUUUGCAGGGAUGAUAGUUGGUAAGUGUUUAACCUGAUGUUUGCAGGGAUGAUAGUUGGUAAGUGUUUAACCUGAUGUUUGCAGGGAUGAUAGUUGGUAAGUGUUGAACCUGAUGUUUGCAGGGAUGAUAGUUGGUAAGUGUUUAACCUGAUGUUUGCAGGGAUGAUAGUGGGUAAGUGUUGAACCUGAUGUUUGCAGGGAGGAUGGAAAAUAUACAUUUCAUCAGAUACCAAAUGCACGUUAUUAGUUUAAAUCCUGAUUGUUAAUGUCUUCUUAUUCCCUCUACAGAGAAGUCGUCAGUAGACUCAGAGAAUAAGCAGAACUCUGUUUCUCUAGAGGUGCUGCUGGUUAAAGUCUGUCACAAGAAGAGGAAGGUAAGAGAGUGUGUGUGAGCAUCUGCUAAAUGAGUCAAAUGUAAAUGUGUGUGUGUGUGCAUCUUCUCUCCUUUUACCUCUCUUUCUCUCUCUCUCAUCCUCUCUUUUUCUCUCUCCUCUUUCAUCCCUCUCUCUUGUACACAUUUCCACUCCCCGUUCUCUCCCCCUCUAGGAUGUGAGCUGUCCAGUGAAGCAGGUUCCUACAGGGAAGAAGCAGGUGCCUCUGAACCCAGACAGCAGCGCUCCCAGCAGUCAGGCCAAGCCAGGCUCCUGUCCUUCUCUGGUGGUGUCCAGUAGUGAGUUUGAAGCCAGCAACGUCCAUACGGUCAAGUCCUACUCCCUGUUGUUCAGAGUGUCAGGACCAGGCAGGACACAGCACAAUGGACUGGUCAAGGGACAGACCAAUGAGAACAUAGGUAGGCUUAGUGCUGGAGGUAGUCACUACGUGUGUGUGUGUGUGUGUGUGUUAACCCCAGCCUUGUAUUGUUACAGAGGAUGUGUGUGUGUGUGUGUGUUAACCCCAGUCUUGUAUUGUUACAGAGGAUGUGUGUGUGUGUGUGUGUGUGUUAACCCCAGCCUUGUAUUGUUACAGAGGAUGUGUGUGUGUGUGUGUGUGUGUGUGUGUGUGUUAACCCCAGCCUUGUAUUGUUACAGAGGAUGUGUGUGUGUGUGUGUGUGUGUUAACCCCAGCCUUGUAUUGUUACAGAGGAUGUGUGUGUGUGUGUGUGUGUGUUAACCCCAGCCUUGUAUUGUUACAGAGGAUGUGUGUGUGUGUUAACCCCAGCCUUGUAUUGUUACAGAGGAUGUGUGUGUGUGUGUGUGUGUUAACCCCAGCCUUGUAUUGUUACAGAGGAUGUGUGUAACAGGAAGAAGAGAAGCUCCACCGUCAGAGAAGAAGAAGUGGGAGAAACAACGUUCGUAGCUCAGAUGACUGUGUUUGAUAAGAACAGGUACACACACACAGUCCUCUAACCUCUAACCCUAAAAUAGCCUUUUACAAGUGAGGACCGGCAGAAUGUCCUCACUUCUCUGAAUUGUAGUUGGUUUACUAUUCUUGGACUUCAGGUACUCACCAGUAUAGUACAUUAUGUUCACACACACUCUCACACACACAGGGUUGUGUUCUUUUGUUAUUUCUCUCUCACUCUCUCUUUCUCAUUCUCUCUCUCUCUCAUACGCUGCACACCUCUCUGGUAGACUGUGGGCUUGUUCCACCUCUCUGGUAGACUGUGGGCUUGUUCCACCUCUCUGGUAGACUGUGGGCUUGUUCCACAUCAACUGCAUUGCAGUUGACAAUCUAGAAAUCACCUUGCUUCACAAAAAACAACUCAUUAUUUGUCAGUCAGUCACGAUUUGCCCACUUGGCAUCACUGAUUUUAAGCUCUCGAAGACGGCCAAUGUCCCUCUGUCUUUUCAGGCGUCUCCAGUUGUUAGAUGGGGAGUAUGAGGUGUCUAUGCAGCAGAUGGAGGACUGUCCUGUCAACAAGAAGAGAGCCACCUGGGAAACAAACCUGGAUGGAAAGGUACAUGUGUUGGUUGACAGGUGUGUGUGUUGUCACGAUACCAGAAUUGAGACUUUGAUACCAGGUUUAGUGUCAUGAUACUCGAUACCAAAACGAUACCACAGCAAAAAAAUAAGGUAUAUUAGCCAAAGUCCCAGAAUGGCCCUUGAUCCAGACUGAGAAACCCAGCUACUGCUCUGAUCAAUAGUUGGGCAUCUUAUAAGUUCAAUAUCCUUACAUUUGAAAUGGGGAUGAGACAAAUAUACAAUGUUUAACCCUCCUGUUGUCCUGGGGUCAUUCUGACCCCAAAUUAAAUCUUUUGCCGACAAAAUAUGUUUUUUAUUCAUCAAUUGGUCUGAAAAUAACGGUAGUUGUUUAAUACUAUGCUCUUUAUGAUUCAAACAAAUUUGAAGUAAUUUGAUUGAAUUAUGGGUGUUUUACUAAAUGUAAUAACUUCUGUUGUCCUCUGGGGUCAAAAAGACCCCGCAGCACAAAGUUUACAUACUGCUUGGCAAAACAUCUUUGAUCAUGUUUCUUUGAUGUGUGGGGUCAAGCAAUGGUUAUGACAACAACAACAACAAAAAAAGUAUUUUCUCACAGGUGUUUGGGCAUUUCACAUUUUAGUCUGAGAGAGACAGGCAGCACAAUGAGGAGGCAGAAGUUUUAUAAUGCACAGGAGGCUUGCAAGAUAAUUUUUGAAAUAAAAGAAAAUAAUGACCAGGAGGACAAUGCUGCACAUAAUGAGGAUGAAUCAACUGAUGAAGAGGGUUCAGGGUCAGAAGAGGAGGAACAUAAUGAUGAGGUGAUAGAUCCAACAUACAGACAGCAUGCUACUUCUUCCUCCGAAGAUUCCCCCACAUCUCCUGCUGCAGAAAUGGAAGAUGAUUAUGAAUAUAAGGAAAUGGAUGAACGUGAUGAUGACGUAGAAUCUGAAGCUGGUAUGGAAGAAGUGUCAGAAGUGGAGCACUGCACCUAUUAUGAUGAAGAAUCAACAGAUGAGGUAGAAUCUGAAGUUGAAAUGGAAGAAGUGUCAGAAGUGGAGGACAUCAUCUAUUAUGAUGAAGACGAAGAAUCAACAGAUGAGGUAGAAUCUGAGGAAGAGGACCCAGCUGACCCUGAACCCUCUUCAUCAGUUGAUUCAUCCUCAUUAUGUGCAGCAUUGUCCUCCUGGUCAUUAUUUUCUUUUAUUUCAAAAAUUAUCUUGCAAGCCUCCUGUGCAUUAUAAAACUUCUGCCUCCUCAUUGUGCUGCCUGUCUCUCUCAGACUAAAAUGUGAAAUGCCCAAACACCUGUGAGAAAAUACUUUUUGUUGUUGUUGUUGUUGUCAUAACCAUUGCUUGACCCCACACAUCAAAGAAACUUGAUCAAAGAUGUUUUGACCCCACACAUCAAAGAAACAUGAUCAAAGAUGUUUUGCCAAGCAGUAUGUAAACUUUGUGCUGCGGGGUCUUUUUGAUCCCAGAGGACAACAGAAGUUAUUACAUUUAGUAAAACACCCAUAAUUCAAUCAAAUUACUUCAAAUUUGUUUGAAUCAUAAAGAGCAUAGUAUUAAACAACUACCGUUAUUUUCAGACUAAAUAUGUAACACAGAAUUGAUUGAAAAUGUAUACUGUAUGCUUUAUAAACAGUCAAACCAGGCAGGACAAAAGGUGUGAUUAUGGGCUGUCAUUAAUAAAAAUAAAAUGAUUCAAAAACAGCAUCCUCACUAAACUUUUACAAAUACCACUCAGUGAUAAGUCAAAUAGUCAAAAUAAUAAUAGGUCAAAAUAAUUCAUAGUUUCAUUGUAUUUUUACUUAAAAACAGGGUAUACUUUUAUGUAAACAAGGUCUAUUGGCUCUAAAUUCCAAAACAAAUGAAAAGAAUUCUAGUAAUGGGUUGAACAGAAGUAAGACUAAAGAUGUAACACAGAAUUGAUUGAAAAUGUAUACUGUAUGCUUUAUAAACAGUCAAACCAGGCGGGGUCAUUUUUGACCCCAGAGGACAAAAGGUGUGAUUAUGGGCUGUCAUUAAUAAAAAUUAAAUGAUUCAAAAACAGCAUCCUCACUAAACUUUUACAAAUACCACUCAGUGAUAAGUGAAAUAGUCAAAAUAAUAAUAGGUCAAAAUAAUUCAUAGUUUCAUUGUAUUUUUACUUAAAAACAGGGUAUACUUUUAUGUAAACAAGGUCUAUUGGCUCUAAAUUCCAAAACAAAUGAAAAAAAUUAUAGUAAUGGGUUGAACAGAAGUAAGAAUAAAGAUGUAACACAGAAUUGAUUGAAAAUGUAUACUGUAUGCUUUAUAAACAGUCAAACCAGGCGGGGUCAUUUUUGACCCCAGAGGACAAAAGGCGUAAGGCAUUUGGGAGGACAACACGAGGGUUUUAAACAGACAUUUAAAAAAAUCGUUUAAACGAUGAAUCAUAAAAUGAUGUGAAUUCACAAUUAAAAAAUGGUCCUGAGUAUGAUGGCAAUGCAGUUUAAUAUACGCACGCCUGGCUACCUACCAGACGACCGUCACUAGUUGCCACAGUCAUAAACCCUGCCAAUUUCUACAAUUUAUCUUCUUAAAAUGUGAUUUUAAACCUUACCUUAACCACACUGCUAACCUUAUGCCUAACCCUAACCUUAAAUUAAGGCCAAAAAGCACAUUUUUUUUGUUUUCAUUUACUUUUACGAUAUAUCCAAAUUUGACUUUGUGGCUGUGCUAUCUAGUGGAGCCCCUACCAGACGGAUCACCUCUUACUACAGAUGUUCCACAUAAAUAUUCUGCGGUUGGUGUUUUCUGUAAUGAUUUAAGUGACCGUUGUGCUGUUGUUGCUGUUAGAAAUACUAAGGUACCCAAAACAAACCCACGCUUUAUUCGUAAGAGAAAGUUUGAGUUUUAAUGAGCAGGCUUUCUUUCAUGAUUUGUUUUAUUUUGACUGGAGCAAGAUUGAGCUUAUUCCUGAUGUGGAAACUGCCUUGAAGUUCUUUCAUGAUAGUUCUUCCCAAAUAGUAAACAAACAUGCCCCAUUCCGCAGGUUCAGAGUUAAAGGGCGGGAUAUAAUCCAUGGUUUUCUUCUGAGCUGUCCUGUAUUAUUCACAAACGUAAUCUAGCCUGGGCUAAAGCAAGAAAAUCAUGUUCUGAUGCUGAUUGGCUUUUUUUUAGGCAGCUACGAAACAAGUGUUCUUCUCUUCUCAGGAAGGCCAAGUCUGAAUAUUUUAUGUCUGUUACUGCUGAUAACCUGAAUGACCCUAGAAAGUUUUGGAAGGCUAUUAAGUCUGUCUGGUAACAGUAAUGUUAAUGAAUUUCCAUCAUGUGUAUUGAAGGACUCUGUUGCUGUAUAUGAGAACUGAAAUGCUGAAUUGUUUCAAUGAGGACUUUGUAUCAUCUGGUAGGCUGUUUGAUUCAGUAUCUUCUGUCUCUGUACAACCUUGUGUGGAUGAGCUGGUCAAACUUGUAGCUUUUUGCCAUUCUCAGUGCAUGAGGUACAUACAGUGAGGGGGGGGGGGAAAAGUAUUGCUGAUUUUGUACGUUUGCCCACUGACAAAUACAUUAUCAAUCUAUAAUUUGAAUGGUAGGUUUAUUUGAACAGUGAGAGACAGAAUAACCACAAAAAAAUCCAGAAAAACGCAUGUCAAAAAUGUUAUAAAUUGAUUUACAUUUUAAUGAGGGAAAUAAGUAUUUGACCCCCUCUCAAUCAGAAAGAUUUUCUGGCUCCCAGGUGUCUUUUAUACAGGCAACGAGCUGAGAUUAGGAGCACACUCUUAAAGGGAGUGCUCCUAAUCUCAGUUUCUACCUGUAUAAAAGAGACCUGUCCACAGAAGCAAUCAAUCAGAUUCCAAACUCUCCACCAUGUCCAAGACCAAAGAGCUCUCCAAGGAUGUCAGGGACAAGAUUGUAGACCUACACAAAGCUGGAAUGGGCUACAAGACCAUCGCCAAGCAGCUUGGUGAGAAGGUGACAAGUUGGUGCGAUUAUUCGCAAAUGGAAGAAACACAAAAUAACUGUCAAUCUCCCUCUGCCUGGGGCUCCAUGCAAGAUCUCACCUUGUGGAGUUGAAAUGAUCAUGAGAACGGUGAGGAAUCAGCCCAGAACUACACGGGAGGAUCUUGUCAAUGAUCUCAAGGCAGCUGGGACCAUAGUCACCAAGAAAACAAUUGGUAACACACUACGCCGUGAAGGACUGAAAUCCUGCAGCGCCCGCAAGGUCCCCCUGCUCAAGAAAGCACAUAUACAUGCCCGUCUGAAGUUUGCCAAUGAACAUCUGAAUGAUUCAGAGGAGAACUGGGUGAAAGUGUUGUGGUCAGAUGAGACCAAAAUGGAGCUCUUUGGCAUCAACUCAACUCGCCGUGUUUGAAGGAGGAGGAAUGCUGCCUAUGACCCCAAGAACACCAUCCCCACCGUCAAACAUGGAGGUGGAAACAUUAUGCUUUGGGGGUGUUUUUCUGCUAAGGGGACAGGACAACUUCACCGCAUCAACGGGACGAUGGACGGGGCCAUGUACCGUCAAAUCUUGGGUGACAACGUCCUUCCCUCAGCCAGGGCAUUGAAAAUGGGUCGUGGAUGGGUAUUCCAGCAUGACAAUGACCCAAAACACACGGCCAAGGCAACAAAGGAGUGGCUCAAGAAGAAGCACAUUAAGGUCCUGGAGUGGCCUAGCCAGUCUCCAGACCUUAAUCCCAUAGAAAAUCUGUGGAGGGAGCUGAAGGUUCGAGUUGCCAAACGUCAGCCUCAACCUUAAUGACUUGGAGAAGCUCUGCAAAGAGGAGUGGGACAAAAUCCCUCCUGAGAUGUGUGCAAACCUGGUGGCCAACUACAAGAAACAUCUGACCUCUGAUUGCCAACAAGGGUUUUGCCACCAAGUACUAAGUCAUGUUUUGCAGAGGGGUCAAAUACUUAUUUCCCUCAUUAAAAUGCAAAUAUAUAACAUUUUUGACAUGCGUUUUUCUGGAUUUUUUGUUGUUGUUGUUAUUCUGUCUCUUACUGUUCAAAUAAACCUACCAUUAAAAUUAUAGACUGAUCAUGUCUUUGUCAGUGGGCAAACGUACAAAAUCAGCAGGAGAUCAAAUACUUUUUUCCCUCACUGUAAAGCCCUGAAAUCCUUAGAUCAGAGAGAGCCUGCAGGUCCUGAUCUUCUUGAUCCCUGCUUUUUAAAACUGGCAGCUGAUUUCAUAGCUGAACCACUUACAUAUCUGUUCAAUCUAACCCUGGAAUGUAAUGAAAUUCCAAGGAUCUGGAAAUCUGCAUUUGUCCUACCAAUUUUAAAAGGGGGAGAUCCAACUCUUUUAAGUAAUUAUAGGCCAAUCUCAAAGCUGUCACCCCUAGUUAAAAAAUACUUGAAAUCCUUGUUAGAGAACAGCUAAAACAGUAUAUAAAAACGAACUCUAUUUUAUCAAUGUACCAAUCGGGCUUCAGGAAAAAGCAUAGCACAAUUACAGCAGCCAUGAAGGUUUUAAAUGAUAUCACUGAAGCCCUUGACAAAAAACAGCACUGUCUCUCACUUUUUAUUGAUCUCUCUAAGGCUUUUGAUACAGUUGAUCAUGCUAUACUGAGGCAGAGAUUGUCGAGUGUAGGUCUUUCGGCGCAUGCAGUUGCAUGGUUUGCUCACUAUCUGUCUGAUAGAACUCAGUGCACUCAAUUUGAUGGGCUCAGCUCUGUUAAAUUGUCUGUCUGUAAUGGUGUGCCCCAGGGCUCUGUACUUGGUCCCCUCUUAUUCACUAUUUAUAUAAAUAAUUUAGACAAAAAUGCGCAACUUAACUUUUAUGCUGAUGAUACUGUUAUUUAUUGUUGUGCCUCGUCUCUCACUAAAGCUUUCCAGAACUUGCAAACUGCUUUUUAUACUGUUCAACAUACCUUGUGUCAGUUGAAGCUUAUCCUCAAUGCUGACACAACUAAACUAAUGGUGUUUUCUAAAGCAAGAAACAGACCUCUGAACCUUUCACCUAUUACUACAUGUCAGGGCAAUGAGAUUGAGGUUGUAACCGCAUAUAAAUAUUUUGGAAUUUUAAUUGAUGACAGCCUCUCUUUUUAAAUUGCAUAUUCAACAACUUACAACAAAAUUGAAGUUGGGAUUCUAUUUUAGGAAUAAGGCCUGUUUUUCUUUUGAAGCCAGGAGGAGGCUAGUAUUGGCUACAUUUAUGCCUAUACUAGACUAUGGAGAUAUUUUAUAGAUGAAUGCUUCCGCUCAGUGUUUGAGAUCAAUUGACACACUUUAUCAUGGAGUAUUGAGAUUUAUUUUAAACUGCAAAACCCUUACGCACCAUUGCACUUUAUAUACCAGGGUUGGCUGUCUUUCUCUAGUCACUCGUAGGCUCAGUCACUGGUAUACUUUUAUUUACAAAGCCAUUUUGGGUUUACUACCAUUUUAUCUGGGCAUUUUUAUUCUUCAGAAAUGUGGUGGGUACUUUAUCCUAUCCUGCUAACUGUUCCAAAUGUCCGAACUGAAUUUGGUAAAAGGGCUUUUAUGUACUCUGCGCCAUCGGCUUGGAACGCUUUACAACAUACUUUUAAACUGGAAGAACUUGUCCCGAUUGGUGUUUUUAAAUCAUUGAUGAAGGAUUUUGAGGCCGAUUCCUUGACCUGUCAAUGUUUUUAAAUCGCUGUUUUAUGAUUUUGUUAUACUCCUGUGAUUUCUAUGGAUGUUUACUAGAUUACUUUUAGUUUUUCAUGUUGUCUGUCUGUAAUUGUGUAAUGACUUGGUGCUGCCUAUCUUGGCCAGGACUCUCUUGAAAAACAGAUUUCAAAUCUCAAUGAGCCCUUCCUGGUUAAAUAAAGGUAAAAUAAAAACAUUAAUGUGAUGGCUCGUUGCAGUGACGUAUGACAGCGUGUUCAUAGACGUCCCAAAGACGUGUUGUUCACGCCACGUAUGGCGUUUGAGAACUCGCACUUUGUACUUGCAGAGCAGUCAUUGUACAAUUUCUCUAUCCGGGCCGUCAAGGUUUUUCGACAUGGCAUCUUGUAGUCUGGUUCUAGACAUGCCAUCAGGGUACUGAAGCCGACAUCCUCUACAAUUUGACCAUGGCUGUAUAUCAACUGUAAUCAGUGCUGUGAUUUUUUUCUUUUUUUUUCUCACACCGUCCCUUAUAGCACUGCUGCCAGCAACGGUUGGGUCGUCCCUUUCAGCAUUGCACCUGUACUGCCACUGUAGCUCCAUUCCACCUCGCAAAGUUUGCAUUUCACCACCUUAUCAUUUAACUUGUCAAAGUAUUGCCAUACAGGCCUUUGCUGCUGUCACUUCCCUGUCACACUCUCUGCCAUUUUCCCAACUGUUAAGGACGAUGACGUGCAGUGCUUUAUAUCCGUGGCAAAUCAGUUGAAAGAUGCAUAUAUUGUUGCGUUAGGUAUUUGUUUAAUUAAAAUGUUUCCCGUCAUGAUGAGGAUCGGGACCUGUUAGUGGUAGUUUUGUGAUAACUGCACUCUGAUUUCCCCCGUCGGAGCCCUCAGUUCGCUGACGCAAUAAAUCUUUGGCUGAGGGAGAGACGUGAGGGAGACUAUUAAGCGAAUGAAGUGUUUGGUGGCAAUCAGCAUUAAAAUCAGCAUGUUUUGCGUUAUGGUUUGUAUGUUAUCACAGACAAAGUACUAGGGGUAGUUAAUUGAUGUUAGCUUCAGCUGUCAGCUAGCAAGGGAAGUUAACCUACAAAGCUGGAAGCUACCGGUAUCUUCUUGCAAGUUAUUCUAGACUGUAUGGACAUUUGUUUUGCCAAUAGUAAUUAACAGUUUCAACAUUUCUACACGCUGUGUCGCAUUAUUCAAGUGUGUUAACUUCUGUGCAGCAUGAUGCAGCCCAGACUCCCAGUGCAGGCACGGUGCACUCCGUGGGGCACAUCGGCUGCGCUCGUAGACAGAUUUGACAGAAGUACUGAAAAUAACAAAAAUUCUAGUACCGAACCAUUGUUCAUGUUCUAGUAUCGAAAAAGUACAGAAGUUUUGUAUACUGUGCAACACUAGUGUGUGUGUGUGUGAGAGAUGGCUCCUCCUAGGCCCCUGGUCUUCCCCUCUGAACAGACAUCAAGAGAGCACCACUUUUCUCUCCUCUCUUCCCUUUACUCAUGUAUUUGUCUCUCUCUCUCUCCCUCCCCUCUUUCCUGUAGCGCCUCCCUUCGUUUGAGACGUUCUCCCAGGGUCCUACUCUCCAGUUCACGCUGCGUUGGACAAGCGAGCCCAGUGAUAGGUCGACGGCCCCCGUGGCCAAACCCCUCGCCAUGCGGAACGCUGACGCUAGCAGCCUGACCUCCGACCCUAGGCCCUGCUCCCUCAGACCCACUCAGACCAUAGGUGAGACACGGGCCGGACGACACACACACACACACACAGACAGACAGACUGUUGUAAUCUGUAGAAGCUCACUAAAUGGUGUCAACUUAAAGGGAGACUUUAACAUAUACCAUGUUUUAAAGGAAUACUUCGGAGUCAAUUGAACUCGUGGAUACCAUCUUUAUGUCUCUGCGUCCAGUAAGAGGUAGUUUCGCGAGCCAAUGCAAGUCUAUGGUAUCUGCUAGAAAAUGCUAGUUAGCAAUUGCGCUAGCGAUAGUUAGCAACUUCGUUCAUACUGGACACCCGAGACAUAAAAAUAGUAUCCACAAGUUCAUCUGAUUCUGGGGAAGUAGAUAAAGGGCCUCAUUGACAAAAUAUUGAAGUAUCCCUUUAAACGUGGUAUACGUUAAAGUAUCCCUUUAACAUUUACAUUUACAUUUACGUCAUUUAGCAGACGCUCUUAUCCAGAGCGACUUACAUGAGCAAUUAGGGUUAAGUGCCCUUUAAACGUGGUAUACGUUAAAGUAUCCCUUAAACGUGGUAUACGUUAAAGUAUCCCUUUAAAACGUGGUAUACGUUAAAGUAUCCCUUUAAACGUGGUAUACGUUAAAAGUAUCCCUUUAAAACGUGGUAUACGUUAAAGUAUCCCUUUAAACGUGGUAUACGUUAAAGUAUCCCUUUAAACGUGGUAUACGUUAAAGUAUCCCUUUAAACGUGGUAUACGUCAAAGUAUCCCUUUAAACGUGGUAUACGUCAAAGUAUCCCUUUAAAUGUGGUAUAUGUUAAAGUAUCCCUUUAAACGUGGUAUACAGUGAGGGGAAAAAAGUAUUUGAUCCCCUGCUGAUUUUGUACAUUUGCCCAUUGACAAAGAAAUGAUCAGUCUAUAAUUUUAAUGGUAGGUUUAUUUGAACAGUGAGAGACAGAAUAAAAACAAAAAAAUCCAGAAAAACGCAUGUCAAAAAUGUUAUAAAUUGAUUUGCAUUUUUUAUGAGGGAAAUACGUAUUUGACCCCCUCUCAAUCAGAAAGAUUUAUGGCUCCCAGGUGUCUUUUAUACAGGUAACGAGCUGAGAUUAGGAGCACACUCUUAAAGGGAGUGCUCCUAAUCUCAGCUUGUUACCUGUAUAAAAGACACCUGUCCACAGAAGCAAUCAAUCAAUCAGAUUCCAAACUCUCCACCAUGGCCAAGACCAAAGAGCUCUCCAAGGAUGUCAGGGACAAGAUUUUAGACCUACACAAGGCUGGAAUGGGCUACAAGACCAUUGCCAAGCAGCUUGGUGAGAAGGUGACAACAGUUGGUGUGAUUAUUCGCAAAUGGAAGUAACACAAAAUAACUGUCAAUCUCCCUCGGCCUGGGGCUCCAUGCAAGAUCUCACCUCGUGGAGUUGCAAUGAUCAUGAGAACGGUGAGGAAUCAGCCCAGAACUACACGGGAGGAUCUUGUCAAUGAUCUCAAGGCAGCUGGGACCAUGGUCACCAAGAAAACAAUUGGUAACACACUACGCCGUGAAAGACUGAAAUCCUGCAGCGCCCGCAAGGUCCCCCUGCUCAAGAAAGCACAUAUACAGGGCCGUCUGAAGUUUGCCAAUGAACAUCUGAAUGAUUCAGAGGAGAACUGGGUGAAAGUGUUGGGGUCAGAUGAGACCAAAAUCGAGCUCUUUGGCACCAACUCAACUCGCCGUGUUUGGAGGAGGAGGAAUGCUGCCUAUGACCCCUAGAACACCAUCCCCACCGUCAAAUAUGGAGGUGGAAACAUUAUGCUUUGGGGGUGUUUUUCUGCUAAGGGGAUAGGACAACUUCACCGCAUCAAAGGGACGAUGGACGGGGCCAUGUACCGUCAAAUCUUGGGUGAGAACCUCCUUCCCUCAGCCAGGGCAUUGAAAAUGGGUCGUGGAUGGGUAUUCCAGCAUGACAAUGACCCAAAACACACGGCCAAGGCAACAAAGGAGUGGCUCAAGAAGAAGCACAUUAAGGUCCUGGAGUGGCCUAGCCAGUCUCCAGACCUUAAUCCCAUAGAAAAUCUGUGGAGGGAGCUGAAGGUUCGAGUUGCCAAACGUCAGCCUCGAAACCUUAAUGACUUGGAGAAGAGCUGCAAAGAGGAGUGGGACAAAAUCCCUCCUGAGAUAUGUGCAAACUGGUGGCCAACUACAAGAAACGUCUGACCUCUGUGAUUGCCAACAAGGGUUUUGCCACCAAGUACUAAGUCAUGUUUUGCAGAGGGGUCAAAUACUUAUUUCCCUCAUUAAAAUGCAAAUCAAUUUAACAUUUUUGACAUGCGUUUUUCUGGAUUUUUUUGUUGUUAUUCUGUCUCACUGUUCAAAUAAACCUGCCAUUUAAAAUUAUAGACUGAUAAUUUCUUUGUCAGUGGGCAAAUGUACAAAAUCAGCAGGGGAUCAAAUACUUUUUUCCCUCACUGUAUGUUAAAGUAUCCCUUUUAAACAUGGUAGAUGUUUCCUCCCUCUCUCUGUAGCUGUUAAAGACUCCUUCAGCAGUACAGACUUUCAGAUGAGACGGGAACACACACUUGUGGAACCAAGAGACAAUCUACGCAUAUUCUACCAGGUGAGAGAGAGACACAUACACACACUUCUAUUCUUGACUUUUGUGAAGAUUGUAUUGUGCGGUCCAUAUCUGAAUCACAGCUGUGUUGUGCUUGUCUUUUGUUCUCUUGUUAUGUGUCUGUCUGACUGGGAGUGGAUGGUAUUAGAGACCUGGCCCUCUAUAACAGGUCUGACUGGGAGUGGAUGGUAUUAGAGACCUGGCCCUUUAUAACAGGUCUGACUGGGAGUGGAUGGUAUUAGAGACCUGGCCCUUUAACAGGUCUGACUGGGAGUGGAUGGUAUUAGAGACCUGGCCCUUUAACAGGUCUGACAAUAGGGAAGAGGGUGCCAUUUGGGACGGUGUAUUUUAGACUUGGCUGUCUAUGAUGGGGAAUUUCUUAGUUUCUACUGACUCCUACCCUUUUCUGUGGGAUUACGUACUCGCUCUCCCCUCUCCCUCUCUAGUUCCUGUAUAACCACAACACACAGCAGCAGACCGAGGCAAGGGAUGACCUCCACUGUCCCUGGUGCACUCUGAACUGUAGAAGACUCUACAGUCUCCUCAAACACCUCAAACUGGCCCACAGCAGAUUCAUCUUCAACUACAUGGUGAGAGAGAGACUGUGUGUGUGUUUCUGGUGCACUCUGAACUGUAGAAGACUCUACAGUCUCCUCAAACUGGCCCACAGCAGAUUCAUCUUCAACUAUGACUGCAUUUAGACAGGCAGCCCAAUUCUGAUCUUUUGCCAAUAAUUGGGCUGCCUGUGUAAAGAGCCGAGGAGUUGAGAGAGGCCAGGGGUUAGGUUGGGGGUGGUAGGGUGUGUGUACUGUAAGGAGCUCUACAUAUUGCGGGCCGAAUAAGGGCUAGUUAUUACAAAAUAUAUAGGUCCAUUGUGAUUUUAACAUUUUUUUUUAAUGACUUCCCGUUCUCUCUCCUCUCCUCUUCUCCCUCCUCCCCUCCCUCUCCAGCCCCACCCUAAGGGAGCGAGGAUAGACGUGUCUAUUAAUGAGCAUUAUGACGGGGCGUACGCUGGUAAUCCUCAGGAUAUUCACAGUCAGCCUGGCUUCGCCUUCAGCAGGAACGGACCCGUCAAGAGAACCCCUGUCACACACAUCCUCGUCUGCAGGUAACUGGGUACACACACACACACACACACACGUACGUGUCAGACACACACCGACACAUCCUCGUCUGCAGGUAACACACACCCCUAUAGUUGAAGAGGCCAAUUCAACUUGAAGUCCAGGUAUCAGACAAAGGGCCCUAUCAGAUAUGUAUGUAUGUAGUUGGUUCUGUAUAUUAGCUAAUAUACAUGGGAUCUAACUAGGCAGAGUUGCAAAGAAAAAGCCAUAUCUCAGACUGGCCAAUAAAGAUAAAAGAUUAAGAUGGGCAAAAGAACACAAGACACUGGACUUUUUCUUUGCAACUCUGUCUAGAAGGUCAGCAUCCCGGAGUCGCCUCUUCACUGUUGACGUUGAGACUGGUGUUUUGCGGGUACUAUUUAAUGAAGCUGCCAGUUGAGGACCUGUGAGGCAUCUGUUUCUCAAACUAGACACUCUAAUGUAUUUGUCCUCUUGCUCAGUUGUGCACCGGGGCCUCCCACUCCUCUUUCUAUUCUGGUUAGAGACAGUUUGCGCUGUUCUGUGAAGGGGGUAGUACACAGCGUUGUACGAGAUCUUCAGUUUCUUGGCAAUUUCUCUCAUGGAAUAGCCUUCAUUUCUCAGAACAAGAAUAGACUGACGAGUUUCAGAAGAAAGUUCUUUGUUUCUGGCCAUUUUGAGCCUGUAAUCUAACCCACAAUUGCUGAUGCUCCAGAUACUCAACUAGUCUCAAGAAGGCCAGUUGUAUUGCUUCUUUAAUCAACACAACCGUUUUCAGCUGUGCUAACAUAAUUGCAAAAGGGUUUUCUAAUGAUCAAUUAGCCUUUUAAAAUGAUAAACUUGGAUUAGCAAACAUAAUGUGCCAUUGGAACACAGGACUGAUGGUUGCUAGAAAGCCUGAACGCAAGAUGAGUCACACAGUGGAGGAAUGUAUUGCCUGUAGCCUAAUGUAACUGGUAAGCUGUAAGUAGCACUUCACUUUUUAAUAUGGACAACGGCUGUGAUGAUUUUUCAACAAUAUUUAUAACAUAUUGACACAAUUACAAUCUUUUAUAGAAUAUUAAUCUAAUUUAAUCAAUUAUAGGUGGAAGAAUUGUAUUUAAUUAACAUUUAGCAAGCCAGCAGCAGAUGAAACAAAGUGAAUUCUCUCCUCCGUCUCUCCCCGGUUCUGGUUUGCCAUCUAUCUUGCUACCUUUACUAGCCCAUACCAGUGACAAACUUAGCUAUGUUAUCGACAUAUACAGUGGGGAAAAAAAGUAUUUAGUCAGCCACCAAUUGUGCAAGUUCUCCCACUUAAAAAGAUGAGAGAGGCCUGUAAUUUUCAUCAUAGGUACACGUCAACUAUGACAGACAAAUUGAGGAAAAAAAUCCAGAAAAUCACAUUGUAGGAUUUUUAAUGAAUUUAUUUGCAAAUUAUGGUGGAAAAUAAGUAUUUGGUCACCUACAAACAAGCAAGAUUUCUGGCUCUCACAGACCUGUAACUUCUUCUUUAAGAGGCUCCUCUGUCCUCCACUCGUUACCUGUAUUAAUGGCACCUGUUUGAACUUGUUAUCAGUAUAAAAGACACCUGUCCACAACCUCAAACAGUCACACUCCAAACUCCACUAUGGCCAAGACCAAAGAGCUGUCAAAGGACACCAGAAACAAAAUUGUAGACCUGCACCAGGCUGGGAAGACUGAAUCUGCAAUAGGUACGCAGCUUGGUUUGAAGAAAUCAACUGUGGGAGCAAUUAUUAGGAAAUGGUUGACAUGCAAGACCACUGAUAAUCUCCCUCGAUCUGGGGCUCCACGCAAGAUCUCACCCCGUGGGGUCAAAAUGAUCACAAGAACGGUGAGCAAAAAUCCCAGAACCACACGGGGGGACCUAGUGAAUGACCUGCAGAGAGCUGGGACCAAAGUAACAAAGCCUACCAUCAGUAACACACUACGCCGCAAGGGACUCAAAUCCUGCAGUGCCAGACGUGUCCCCCUGCUUAAGCCAGUACAUGUCCAGGCCCGUCUGAAGUUUGCUAGAGUGCAUUUGGAUGAUCCAGAAGAGGAUUGGGAGAAUGUCAUAUGGUCAGAUGAAACCAAAAUAGAACUUUUUGGUAAAAACUCAACUCGUCGUGUUUGGAGGACAAAGAAUGCUGAGUUGCAUCCAAAGAACACCAUACCUACUGUGAAGCAUGGGGGUGGAAACAUCAUGCUUUGGGGCUGUUUUUCUGCAAAGGGACCAGGACGACUGAUCCGUGUAAAGGAAAGAAUGAAUGGGGCCAUGUAUCGUGAGAUUUUUGAGUGAAAACCUCCUUCCAUCAGCAAGGGCAUUGAAGAUGAAACGUGGCUGGGUCUUUCAGCAUGACAAUGAUCCCAAACACACCGCCCGGGCAACAAAGGAGUGGCUUCGUAAGAAGCAUUUUAAGGUCCUGGAGUGGCCUAGCCAGUCUCCAGAUCUCAACCCCAUAGAAAAUCUUUGGAGGGAGUUGAAAGUCUGUGUUGCCCAGCGACAGCCCCAAAACAUCACUGCUCUAGAGGAGAUCUGCAUGGAGGAAUGGGCCAAAAUACCAGCAACAGUGUGUGAAAACCUUGUGAAGAUUUACAGAAAACGUUUGACCUGUGUCAUUGCCAACAAAGGGUAUAUAACAAAGUAUUGAGAAACUUUUGUUAUUGACCAAAUACUUAUUUUCCACCAUAAUUUGCAAAUAAAUUCAUAAAAAAUCCUACAAUGUGAUUUUCUGGAUUAAUUUUUCUCAUUUUGUCUGUCAUAGUUGACGUGUACCUAUGAUGAAAAUUACAGGCCUCUCAUCUUUUUAAGUGGGAGAACUUGCACAAUUGGUGGCUGACUAAAUACUUUUUUCCCCCACUGUAGCAGUACACAAACAAAAUCUAACUCAGUUAUUUUGCUAGCUAGAAAGAAAUGGCCACAAAUUCAUUCAGAAACGGAGGAAGAGGAUAGCUAGCUAUAGCAAGCUAACCUUAGCAGCUGCCUCUUCAACAAGAAGCAACUGUGACAACAUUAAUCCUAAAAUAAAAAUUUAAAACUUUCCCCAUUGAGCAAAAUCGAUAUUCACACCUCCAAAGAAUGCAUGGCUCUGGGGCUUCUCCGAAAUGCCACCAGAUCCGCAAUCGGAUCCAUGGCCGACGCGUCGCAUUUCAGUUUACCCCGCACUCAGCAGGCUGUGUAGAAAACUCAUGGGCAUUAAUAUGGAGUUGGGCCCCCCUUUGCUGCUAUAGCAGCCUCCACUCUUCUGGGAAGGCUUUCCACUAUGUUGCUGCGGGGACUUGCUUCCAUUCAGCCACGAGCAUUAGUGAGGUCGGGCACUGAUGUUGGGCGAUUAGGCCUGGCUCGCAGUCGACGUUCCAAUUCAUCCCAAAAGGUGUUCGAUGGGGUUGAGGUCAGGGUUCUGUGCAGGCCAGUCAAGUUCUUCCACACCGAUCUCGACAAACCAUUUCUGUAUGGACCUCGCUUUGCACAGGGGCAUUGUCAUGCUGAAACAGGAAAGGGCCUUCCCCAAACUGUUGCCACAAAGUUGGAAGCACAGAAUAGUCUAGAAUGUCAUUGUAUGCUGUAGCGUUAAGAUUUCCCUUCACUGGAACUAAGGGGCCUAGCCUGAACCAUGAAAAACAGCCCAAGACCAUUAUUCCUCCUCCACCAAACUUUACAGUUGGCACUAUGCAUUCGGGCAGGUAGCGUUCUCUUGGCAUCCGCCAAACUCAGAUUUGUCCGUCGUACUGCCAGAUGGUGAAGCGUGAUUCAUCGCUCCAGAGAACACGUUUCCGCUGCUCCAGAGUCCAAUGGCAGUGAGCUUCCCACCACUCCAACCGACGCUUGGCACUACGCAUGGUGAGCUUAGGCUUGUGUGCGCCUGCUCUGCUGUGGAAACCCAUUUCAUUAAGCUCCCGACAAACAGUUAUUGUGCUGACGUUGCUUCCAGAGGCAAUUUGGAACUCGGUAGUGAGUGUUUCAAUCGAGGACAGACUAUUUUUACGCGCUUCAGCACACUGCCGUCCUGUUCUGUGAGCUUUUGUGGCCUACCACUUUGCGGCUGAGCUGUUGUUGCUCCUAGACAUUUCCACUUCACAAUAACUGCACUUACAGUUGACCGGGGCAUCUCUAGCAAGGCAGAAAUUUGACCAACUGACUUGUUGGAACGGUAAGCCAUUCUACUGCCAAUGAUUGUCUAUAGAGAUUGCAUGGCUGUGUGCUCGAUUUUAUACACCUGUCAGCAACGGGUGUGGCUGAAACAGCCGAAUCCACUAAUUUGAAGGGGUGUCCACAUACCUUUUGUGUAUAUAUACGUGCUUUUUGGUCUUAAUUUAAGGUUAGGGUUAGGCAUAAGGUUAGCAGUGUGGUUAAGGGACCAAUUCAUCCACCUAAUGCUCACAAAUGUAUCUCACUCUUUUUUCAUUCACCGUGUGACGAUGACCACAGGGCUUUGUGGGAUUUUUUUUCCAAAGUUAGAGCUGAUUUGGAGAGAACCUCAAACCCAACUUUUAGAACAACAUAAUAUUAUAACAAUUGAUUUAAGAGUUUGUAAUUUGGGUAUGUUUUCUUGGGGUGCUCUAAGUUACUAUUAUAUGCAUUUCUGGCAUUGAGAAAUAGAAGCUGCUUUGAACAUCCAUCUUUACCUCUCUCUGUUUCCCUCUACCCCUCUCCUCUCUUCCUGUAGGAUCUUUACCUCUCUCUCUCUUUCCCUCUACCCCUCUCUUCCUGUAGGAUCUUUACCUCUCUCUCUCUUUCCCUCUACCCCUCUCUUCCUGUAGGAUCUUUACCUCUCUCUCUCUUUCCCUCUACCCCUCUCCUCUCUUCCUGUAGGAUCUUUACCUCUCUCUCUCUUUCCCUCUACUCCUCUCCUUUCUUCCUGUAGGAUCUUUACCUCUCUAAUUCUCUCUACCCCUCUCCUCUCUUCCUGUAGGCUAAAGCAUGUAUGUAUGUACAACCGUGUAUGCAGGUACAAUUGACAGUCACUUACUAACCCCUCCCUCCCUCUCUCCUCCCCCAGACCUAAGCGUCUUCUCCCCCCCAGUCUGUGUGAGUUCCUGGAGGUUGAUGGAGGAGAGGGAGACCAGCAGAGAAUCAUCACUGGUCACAACCGCCUCUACUUCCGGUCAGACAGCUGUACCCCCAAAACACCCCAGGAGGUAGAGCACGACAGUGAGGAUGAGACAGACCCCUUCUGGCUCCGAGAGAGGACUAUCAUGGUGAGAGAGACACACACACACUGAGCAGGUAGCUACCACACACGGUGAGAGGACCAUCAUGGUGCGGGACUGACACACACUGUUCCUGCAUUUACCUUUGUACAGUUCUGUUUAUUCAGAUUGUGUGUGUGGUGUUGCAUUACACUAAGAUUCACACAUUAGGCCCAAACCCAGGUCUACUCUGCACCAAUUAGACUGUAGGUAUUCGACCCAUAACCCAGGUCUACUCUGCACCAAUUAGACUGUAGGUAUUCGACCCAUACAAACCCAGGUCUACUCUGCACCCAUUACAGACUGUAAGUAUUAGACCCAUACAAACCCAGGUCUACUCUGCACCCAUUACAGACUGUAAGUAUUAGACCCAUACAAACCCAGGUCUACUCUGCACCCAUUACAGACUGUAAGUAUUAGACCCAUACAAACCCAGGUCUACUCUGUACCCAUUACAGACUGUAGGGAUUAGAGUACAGAGCCACAUUUGAAAUUGGGUUUGGAGUCUCCAAUUUGACUCUGGAUCCACUCUGACUGUUCUGUCUACAGCAAAUACAGGAGUUUACAGACGUGAAUGAUGGAGAGAAGGAGGUGAUGAAACUAUGGAACCUCCAUGUUAUGAAGUAUGGGUACGUACCACACACACACACACCUACAUUUGACAUUCUAGUCAUUUAGCAGACGCUCUUAUCCAGAGCGACUUACAGUUAGUGAGUGCAUACAUUUUCAUACUUUCAAAAUGUGAGGAAGACCUGAACGACACUAUUGAUGAUGAAUGGAUACAGAUAUGUUUGAAUGCCCAGUCAUGUUCAUAUAAUCUCAGACAUAAAUUACUGCAGUUUAAGACCAUCCAUAGAACAUACUAUAUGCCAGUGAAAUUGAAUAUCAUGCACUCAGAAAUGUAAUUCCUCUGCUGGAGGUGUAAAACAAACGGGGACAUAUUUGCAUGUUAUGAUCUUGUGAAGACUGGCUGUAAUUCUGUCAGAGUAUGUUAUUUUAUCUCAGCAUGUCUACAGAUUCGUUGAUCGUUUCUGAUAACAUUCUCCACUAACUUAGCCGCUAUAAAUGCUAAGAAAUGCAUUGCCAUUAAUUGGAAGGUUGGUUAUCCUCCCAAAAUGUCACAAUGGAUGGCAGAAAUUGAAAGUUAUGUAUCACUAGAUUUGAUUUAUUACAAGAUUAAGGGUAUACUGUGCAACUUCCAUAAAGUCUGGGUGCCUUAUAUGGAAUACUGUAUGACAAAAGGGGUCUGUAUUGAAAGAUAUUUUUUUGUCUAGCAGUUGCAAAUUAAUAAAUAGAUUUCAUUUAUUAUGGCACACAAGACACAUGUCUGAUUUGCGCCUGUCAGUGGACUAAUCCAUUGAGGCCACUGGGAUGAUUUAGUCCAAGAAUAUGGGGAUUGUGGCUCAGAUGCACAAGGCACUUCUCUCUCCAGAAUGCGUUCUCUCCCGCCAUUUUGUUGGUUUUCAUUGUUUCAUAACUUCAUUGUGUGCAUUGGUUGCUGUGUCUAUCAAUUCCCCAUUACAUAUAUCACCAGUAGUAGCCUACAUUUACCAUUAAUUGCCAUCAUUUAUAAUCUGUAAUGUUUGUUUGGUUAAGGUAAUUUCGGUUAAUCCAUUCAAUAUAUUACAGUUAUUUAACGUUGUCAUUGUCGGAUUUGACGUGUUUUGCAGAACUCAUAACUUAUGCUACACUUGUGAGAAACAAGAUUUAAACAAAAUUAGGCAGGGACAGCCCUAGUAGAAAUGCAGGAAAUUCAUUUUAGAUUAGGUUAUGUCCCACCCACUUCUAAAACCAAAGUGCACCCUUGCUCAGCUCAGUCGCUACUCGCGAACAUUGCUGGUGUUUCUGAUUUAAUAAACAAUGCCAUUCUGGUGGGUGGUACCAUUCAAAUAAAACCCAGCACUGAAACGAAACGUAGGCUAAAAAUAAUUUACAAGUACACUUUUUCGAGCUGAAAGAAGAUGGCCAGACCUUACGGAUGUUGCACAAUGAUGUAAGUCAAUAUGUCAUCGUUUAAGUCAAAGUAUGAUAUAUUUGGGCUUUAAGUGUUAACCGAACUGCCCGCUUCAUGGCAAUGAGGGGGUUCGAUUAAUCUCGCUGGGCGCCCAUGUUGGCGUGUUUUGCACCAGGUGAACGUUGAUUACAUUCGUUUUGGAAUUGGGCUGACUCCCUGGUUUGAGCCAGGUGCCCGGUUCAAAGCCCACAGUGAUGUAGGCUCAAAACAAAGUGAUGUAGGAGCACAUGGAGUAAUGAGUAGGAUUCUGUGUUUUCACAUGCAAAAGUGAUUGCUUUUUAGCAUCUGCCUUCCCAAUGAAAACGAGUUCGAAAGUUAAAAAAUGUAUUUUAUGGAAAAUAUAUGUAUUUUUCUAGACGAUGCACCGUGCUGCCUUGUUGACAAAAUGACUGAGCGCAGCACAGAUUACUGUUCGAUUUGAGUAAAGCGCUCCUCCCUCCCCGCUUUCGCCCGAUGACAUAACGGGCCUUUGACCGGUGCCUCGCGGCUCAGCAUAAUCGAAUCAGCUCACUGACGUGUCUUUUCCUAUGAAAUUGAUUUCAACUGGUGUGGGCGUUUAAACCAUGAAAAAUUAGAGAAACGAAUGUAAAGACUACAGAGUUGCCUGCCAUAAUGUCAGAUCGUGACCAAAUUACUCUCCUGCUAAAUAAAUAAAUAAGUACAUUGAACUCACUGCAGAAAUGUGUGAACCAGAAAAAGGCUAUCCUCACUAUCUAUUGUUCCUGCAGUGAGGAAUUACAAUAUUCAGAGAAUGUUUUUAUGACGUUGUGCCGAUAAUCGUUGUCUGGAGCUCAAAAAGCAGUAGUAGCAGUAUGCAAAUCAGGGAGCCAAAUAAACGGCUCUUUCACCAAUGCAAUUCGGUUACCGACGUUCACCAAAAAGAGCCGUUCGUUCACAAACGACCCAUCGGUAGUAUCUGCUGGAGCCAUAUCUUAUUUAAGCGUUUCUUCUCUGAAAGGAGUCAACUCCGGCUUGCUUUGUUUACAAUUCGCCAUGCCGUUCACAGCCGUCCCGUUAUGCUACCUAUUGGGGAUUUAUUAUUCUCCUAAAUUGAUGGGAUGACUAACUUAGAAAGAAUGCAGUCUUGACUGGGCUAAUGUAGGCUGUGACACCUGGCAGGCUGUGAUUGAUGUGAAGAGCUGUUUUAGGGGGUAAAAUAAGAUAAGGAUUGUGUCUUCAAAUGCUAGACUAUACUGGUUCUUUGUGAUCUGUGAGCCUUCCUUGGACGUAGGAAUGAUGUCUAAGGGAGCUGGCUCUUCUCACUAUGAUAGGUUGUUAUGAUAAUCUUGUGCCUGGCUGAAGUGUGCAACAAAUGGCGCCGAGGAGAUGAGACCAACCCCUGAACCAACGGAUUGGCUGAGAAAGUUUAAACCACACUCAGUCCUCUACUCUAAUUGGCCAGCAGAGAAGUGGGAAAUUCCCUCUGUCAGAGUUUUUGAGUAUUGAAUCUAAAACAAUGUGUUAGUUCUCUGAUAAUGCCCUGCGAGGUAUUUCAAAGAGCCCGUAUAUACGAAACAUCAUAUUUACCAUUGAAGGUUUUUGCAUUAAUUAAAAUAACUAGUAUAUCUUAGAAGUCGUGUUGACCUCUUUUGUUCCUAAUACCAGAUUUGAAUUGACGCGACUUUGACAUACCUUUGUCAGCUUGCCCCAACAAUAAAUUACCCAGCUAGCUAGCUAGCUACUGUAGUAAUUUCAAAUGACAGUUAACACCACAAUAACCAUAUCAACAAAAUGUAGUGUUAGAAAUUGCGUAAUUCAAAUCUGGUAUUGGAAUAAGAAUCAAGAGAUCUUCAAUCCAAGCUUAAUUUAUUAUAUGCAAAAUGUAUGUAUGAUAAGUAUGAAGGUUCGUAUAUACGGGUCCGCUGAGAUACCACGCAGGGCACUCAGAGAACUGAUCCAUUGUUCUAAGUUCUUCUUCAAAUACUCUGACAGAAAGCCUCCACCUCUUCUGUUGGCCAACCAGAGCAAAGGACUGAGUGUGGUUCAGCCAAUCCGUUGGCGCAGGGGUUGGUCCCAACUCCUCGGCACUCCAUUUGUUGCACAUUGUUGCCAGGCAUGUUGCCAGGCAUAAGUUGCUAUCAUUAUAACCUGUGGAGUCAGCACCCAAAAGACACCAUUCCACUGUACUCCAUGUACCCAUGUUCAAGGACAGUUUCACAGACAACAAAGAGAGAGUGUUCGUAUCUGUAAGAAAUACAAGUCUUAUCUGUCCUACCCCUAACGUUCCUUACAUGAAUAACAGCCUGUUAUGUGAAACAAUUUAUAUCAGUACAGUUCAUUAAUGUAUUCCUUCCAAGCUAUUCAUCACAUACAGAUCCAAUUAUGAGAAAAAUAGAACCCAACAGUAGCUUGCUUACGUUAACUAGCUAGAUACCUUUUUCUACGUUUUAAUUCGUUAGCCUAGCAGCUUCGGAUUAGUUGUCUAGCAAGCAGACAAAGUUAACAUUAUUAGCUAGCUACAGUAACGUUAGCUAACAUAAGCUAUUUGAAUACAUAUUUAUGGCUAAAUUGUCCAUUGAAAGAGGUGAAUAAGCUAGCUUUUGCUGUAAACGCAUUUAUUAUAAACAAUGGCUGCACCACAAUGAAGUAUUUUAUAUUCGAUAAUAUCUACCGUGUAAAGUUGGUUGGUCCCUCUCUCUCUUGAAGAAGCUGGCUAACUAGUCAAUGGGAACUUUGUCUUCAUGCCUCCAUGUUAUGAAGUAUGGGUACAUACCAGACACACCUACCUCCAUGUUAUGAAGUAUGGGUACGUACCACACACACACCUACCUCCUACACCUACCUCCAUCCAGGCUCUGUCGCAGCCGGCCGCGACUGGGAGACUCAUGGGCGGCGCACAAUUGGCCCAGCGUCGUCCAGGGUAGGGGAGGGAAUGGCCGGCAGGGAUGUAGCUCAGUUGAUAGAGCAUGGCGUUUGCAACGCCAGGGUUGUGGGUUCGAUUCCCACGGGGGGCCAGUAUAAAAAAAAUAAGAAGAUAUGUAUUCACUAACUGUAAGUCGCUCUGGAUAAGAGUGUCUGCUAAAUGACUAAAAUGUAAAUGUAUGUUAUGAAGUAUGGGUACCUACAUUUACAUUUGACAUUUUAGUCAUUUAGCAGACGCUCUUAUCCAGAGCGACUUACAGUUAGAGUGCAUACAUUUUUUAUUUAUUUUUUCUUUUUUAUACUGCGUACCACACACACACACACACACACCUACCUCCAUGUUAUGAAGUAUGGGUACGUACCACACACACACCUACCUCCAUGUUAUGAAGUAUGGGUACGUACCACACACACACCUACCUCCAUGUUAUGAAGUAUGGGUACGUACCAGACAGACAGACACACACACACACACACACCUACCUCUAUGUUAUGAAGUAUGGAUUCGUAUCUCCCAUUAAAGCCCUGGCCUCAUCAUAAAGCCUUUGUCUUAAGUUUCAUAAGACGUUGCUGUGUGUCAGUGUCAUUCUCUAAAGCUUCAUAAGAUGUUGCUGUGUGUCAGUGUCAUUCUCUAAAGCUUCAAAAGACGUUGCUGUGUGUCAGUGUCAUUCUCUAAAGCGUCAUAAGACGUUGCUGUGUGUCAGUGUCAUUCUCUAAAGCUUCAUAAGACGUUGCUGUGUGUCAGUGUCAUUCUCUAAAGCGUCAUAAGACGUUGCUGUGUGUCAGUGUCAUUCUCUAAAGCUUCAGAAGACGUUGCUGUGUGUCAGUGUCAUUCUCUAAAGCGUCAUAAGACGUUGCUGUGUGUCAGUGUCAUUCUCUAAAGCUUCAUAAGACGUUGCUGUGUCAGUGUCAUUCUCUAAAGCUUCAUAAGACGUUGCUGUGUGUCAGUGUCAUUCUCUAAAGCGUCAUAAGACGUUGCUGUGUGUCAGUGUCAUUCUCUAAAGCGUCAUAAGACGUUGCUGUGUGUCAGUGUCAUUCUCUAAAGCUUCAUAAGACGUUGCUGUGUCAGUGUCAUUCUCUAAAGCUUCAUAAGACGUUGCUGUGUGUCAGUGUCAUUCUCUUGAACUCUGAUAUGCUGCUGUUCAGCUUCCUCUUCCAAGCUCCGCCUCCCUUCUGGCAUCCUCUGUCAUUUUAAGAUGGUAGUAUAUGUUGCAACUCUAGCUAGGUUUCCAUCCAAUCAAAAUGUUAGCUGACAUGGGCUAAUUGAGUGACUGUCCGUAGCUAGGUUUCCAUCCAAUUGGCGACAGAUUUUAAUGCAAAUAUUCUAAAAUCCGCAUAUAAACACAUUUUCCCACCAGAGAUGUUUCCAUCAAAUUGACUUGUUGUUGAUAAAAGGCUGUGUGAUGACGUAGUGCACAUAAAAAUAACUUUUGUGGUUAAAUUUCCAUGUAAUGAAUAAAAAAUACAAUUGAAAUGGAUUUCCAUCGCAUUUUCAACUCUCUACUGGUGGUUUUGUCAGCAAAAAUGUUGCGUUAUAUAGUGAAUGUGCCCUCUGGUCUUGGCCCGUGCGCUCUAGCCAACAGCUGGCAGAUACAGUGUGGGAAUAGCCUACAUGAUGAGAUUAUUAUGGACACAGGCUAGAUUUAUUUUUAUUUGUCAAACGGCAGCCAAGCAUCGACCAUCAUGUCACCAGAAUAAGACCCUAGAUAUUUAUUGGAAAGGAGCAUCAAGCUCAUCACCGUGCACUUUCACCACCCUGUGAAGUUCAUAACUUAUUUCACCUGUAGCCUAAUAAACUGAGUUGUAGUGGGAGGACCACACCAUAUUGUCGCAUGACUCCAAGUUUACUUCGAUAUGAUGGUUGGAUGGAAACCUGGUUAAUGACAUCUAUUUCUCACUCAUUUAACCAUUUAGAGAGUUUAAAAAUGCUCUCAAUCAAUCAAUCAAUCAAUCAAAUGUAUUUAUAAAGCCCUUUUUACAUCAGCAGAUGUCACAAAGUUCUAUACAGAAACCCAGCCUAAAACCCCAAACAGCAAGCAAUGUAAAUGUAGAAGCACGGUGGCUAGGAAAAACUCCCUAGAAAGGCAGAAACCUAGAGAGGAACCAGGCUCUGAGGGGUGGCCUUCUGGCUGUGCCGGGUGGAGAUUAUAACAGUACAUGGCCAUUUUAAGGCCAGAUUUGUUCUUCAAGAUGAUCAAACGUUCAUAGAUGACCAGCAGGGUCAAAUAAUAAUCACAGUGGUUGUAGAGGUUGCAACAGGCAGGUCAGUACAUCAGGAGUAAAUAUCAGUUGGCUUUUCAUAGCCGAGCAUUCAGAGGUCGAGACAGCAGGUGCGGGAGAGAGAGAGAGUGUUGAAAACAGCAGGUCUGGGACAAGGUAGCACGUCCGGUGAACAGGUCAGGGUUCCAUAGCCGCAGGCAGAAGAAUGGAAACUGGAGCAGCAGCACGACCAGGUGGACUGGGGACAGCAAGGAGUCAUCAGGCCAGGUAGUCCUGAGGCAUGGUCCUAGGGCUCAUGUCCUCCGGGAGGAGAGGGAGAGAGAGAGAAUUAGAGGGAACAUACUUAAAUACCCCCGGACAGGGCCAACCAGGCAGGAUAUUACCCCACCCACUUUGCCAAAGCACAGCCCCCACACCACUAUAGGGAUAUCAACAGACCACCAACUUACUACCCUGAGACAAGGCUGAGUAUAGCCCACAAAGAUCUCCUCCACCGCACACCCUGAGGGGGCGCAAAACCGGACAGGAAGAUCACGUCUGUGACUCAACCCACUCAAGUGCCACACCCCUCCUAGGGACAGCAUUGAAGAGCACUAGUAAGCCAGUGACUCAGCCCCCGUAAUGGGGUCAGAGGCAGAGAAUCCCAGUGGAGAGACGGGAACCGGCCAGGCAGAGACAGCAAGGGCGGUUCGCACCCCUGAGCCAGACUACACUCAAUCAUAAGACCUACUGAAGAGAUGAGUCUUCAGUAAAGACUUAAAGGUCGAGACCGAGUCUGCAUCUCUCACAUGGAUAGGCAGACCAUUCCAUAAAAAUUGAGCUCUAUGGGAGAAAGCCCUACCUCCAGCUGUUUGCUUAGAAAUUCUAGGGACAAUAAGGAGGCCUGCGUCUUGUGACCGUAGCGUACGUGUAGGUAUGUACAACAGAACCAACUCUGAGAGAUAAGUAGGAGCAAGCCCAUGUAAUGCUUUGUAGGUUAGCAGUAAAACCUUAAUAUGGAGGUUAAACACAAUGUAACCUCCAUAUUAACACAAUGUAACCUCCAUAUUAACCAGGCGCUCUAGACUAGAGCCUCCAUUGUGUCUGGAGCAGGCUGAACGUUUGACAUCUCUACUCUAACCCCCCACUCUAAUCCUCUCUACUCUAACCCCCUACUCUAACCCCCCUCCUCUCUACUCAAACCCCCUACUCUAACCCUCCUCCUCUCUACUCUAACCCCCUACUCUAAAUCUCCUCCUCUCUACUCUAACCCUCCUCCUCUCUACUCUAACCCUCCUCCUCUAACCCCUACUUUAACCCUCCUCCUCUAACCCCCCACUCUAACCCUCCUCCUCUCUACUCUAACCCCCCACUCGAACCCCCUACUCUAACCCUCCUACUCUCUACUCUAACCCUCCUCCUCUAACCCCCCACUCUAACCCUCCUCCAACCCCCCACUCUAACCCUCCUCCUCUCUCUCUCUCUGCCCCUCAGCUACAUAGCAGAUAACCAGAUGAACGGAGCGUGUCUGGCGUUUGUGGAAGGUUGCGGUGCGUACAUCGCCAGGAAGAACCUCUGUAGGAACUUCCUGUUACACCUGGUCAGCAUGCACGACUUUAAACUGGUUACCACGACAACCAUCAACCAGGCCAUGACACGCCUCCGACACAUCCAGCGGCAGGAGGGAGGAGAGGGGGAUGGAGGAGAGGAGAGGGCGACAGCGCUGGAGUCUCAGCCUGAGCUGGAACCUGACUCUG